GGGAGGCAGCCAUGUGGUGAACAUUGAGCACAGUGUUUUCCCCUGCUUCUCUCCUUUUCAGACAAGCAAAAUUGUUCGAUGCUGCCAUAGAUGUGAACUCCUUGCUGCACUGCCUGUGUCUUCUUUUCCAGAAACUCAAAGGCCUGAACUUACAGCUGCAGAGAUCUAAAAUCUCUUGCAGAAUCUGGAUGGAAUAUGGACAAGGAGAUGAAUAGCAGAAGGGAAGAAAGAGUGAAGUUGGUUAUUUUUCUGGCACAUGGAUGCAAUUACACUCAGUGCAUUCCAGAGGCGUUCCUUUGAAUCCUGUGCAGGUCUGCCUGCUGUUCCUGGGAGAAAGGAAGAAAAAGGGAGGAAAAGUCCCUCUUGCUUGGAGACGGAAUGUCUGCGUUUUCAAUUCUCUUUUUAGCUUCCUGUUCUGUUUGGCUGUCCAAAGCUCAGACUGAAUUUAAGAGAGUGGCUGAAGAAAACGUGACUUUGCCCUGUCACCACCGCCUGGGCCUCCUGGAGCAGGGCAGCCUGGAUAUUGAGUGGCUGCUGCACAUUUCUGAAACGGUGCAAAAAGCGGUGAUCACUUACUCUGGAGGCCGUGUUUAUGAUGACCUGAAUGAGGAACAGAAAGGGCGUGUUUCCUUCACAUCCAACUUCCUUGCUGGAGAUGCAUCCUUACAAAUCAUAUCCCUGCAGUCCAGCGAUGCGGGGAAGUACAUAUGUAAAGUUAAAAAUGCUGGGCAGUACGAAUGGGCUCGCAUCACCCUGAAGGUUGUAGAAAAACCUUCCAAGCCCAAAUGCUGGCUAGAAGGGGAGCUGUUGGAAGGAAAGGAACUGUCCCUGCAGUGCCGUUCUGCCUCUGGCACUGCACCCAUCUCCUACCGAUGGCAGCGCAUAAACGAGGAGGACGAGAGAGCUGAACAUCUCCCGCCUACGUCAAGAGUCAACAUUUCUAAUCCUGGGCAAGUCCUGCUGAAGAAUCUUACGCAGAUGAGCACAGGGUUAUACCAAUGCAUUGCCACCAACGAGGCUGGACAAGAAAGUUGUGUUGUCCAGGUGACAGUGCAGCACGCACAGAACAUCGGCAUGAUCGCUGGAGCGGUGUGUGGUGUGGUAGUGGGACUCUCCCUCCUUCUCCUGGUGGUGAGGCUGACAAUAAGGAGGAAAGAAAAGAAGAGAUAUGAGGAAGAGGAGGCACCAAAUGAAAUCAGAGAAGAUGCGGAGGCACCCAAGGCCCAUCUCGUCAAGCCCAGUUCCUCUUCGUCUGGUUCCAGGAGCUCACGCUCAGGUUCCUCCUCAACCAGGUCGACAGCCAACAGUGCCUCUCGCAGCCAACGGACUUUGUCAACGGAAGCUACUCCCCACCUAACCCCUCCCCAGUACAACCAGAGGGAGAUGGAAGGAAAAGAAAUGGAGCCAAAGAAAGUCGACUACACUAACCUGAUGAAAAUGGGAGCCACGCUGGUCAUGGUGCCUGCCCAGAGCCGAGCGUUCCAGACCGUGUGACGGCUCCCCAGCCAUCUGGAGACUCCUGCUGUCCAGAAACACGUCACAUACCACCAGCCACAUAGGAGUUGUUAGAUUAGUUAUCUUCCUGGUCAGCUUAAUUUUGAUCACUUGUGAUUAUUCACACCACAAGAAGCCCUCCCACUCAGCUCUUUCUUACAUCUUCCAGCACUGACAUUCUGAUACAGAAUUUUUUUUUUUUUUUUUUAAGAAAGACACAUUUGAGGGAAAAGGGAGCCUUCUUUUUAAAUUAUUUUUUUGGAAAUGGAACACUGAGAAUUUCAAAACUACAACAGCUAAGCGCUGUAAAAAUGAAAUGAAGCCAAACCUCAGGAAUUUUUAAAAGGGAUCAAUGGAGACAUAAAGAUGCAUAAUAUUCCAGAGAGGUUUUGUGGGGAGGGAAGAGUCCUUUGUAGUGGUUUUGGAGAACUCUCUCAAAGAUGCAUUGUCCUAUCUGAAGAUCUUCAGGCAGACUCUCUGCUGAGGGUAGCCUGGUGUUCAACCUCAAAGGGAACGGACAGAUGCUUGAUGUUUUCUGCAUUCAGUCUUCUAGUGAAACACUUUUGGAGGCUGUAACUAAAGUGGAAAUCAAAGGAUCACUCAAAAAGGUCAAGAGGUGCAGCAGUAAGGCAUGUAUCUGAACUAACCUCUGUACUAAAGAGAAAGAGCAGUUUAUGUCAAGGAAACAGAGGUGCUUUAAUUGCCAGAAUAAACUUAAUGAGGUACCUGGGGAGGAUGUGGCCAGGAGCCUGACUCUGCUUUUAUGGUCAGCACCACAAAGCCACAGUAACUCCACUGGAGUGGCAUCUGUGGCAAACGAGCCUUAGUGUGGUGAGAACUGGGCACUAAAUCCAGAAUGAAGGCAGUACCUGAAAAAGUGAGGGCCACUAAUCUACCAAAAAGCCUGGAUGAAGCAUUUGAAGACAUCUUUGCUAUUGCCAGGCUGUGAAUUCACCAGUUUUGGGGUGAGGGAUGCUGUAGAGGCCUUAGGGAGAGCUCUUCCCAAGACUGAACAGUUUCUUGAGCUGACCUUCAGGCUUGCAGGUAAGCCUGGAGGAUAGUGACAGAGCAUGUAGCGAGGAAAAUACUCGCUAAGGUAAAAAGGGACAGGUAUGCAAGCACGGUGCUGUUUCCAUUAGAAAAUACUUGUGUGCGUUGUCCCAUUUAUAGACUAAAUGCUGAGCCACAUGCUAUUGUCAAGGCUUAAACCUUAGUAAGACUCUUAGAAAAUUUCAAGAAUCAUAAAAAUAUUUCCUGUGAUUAAAUAAACCAGAAUAAAUAUUUCCAAGGAAUAUGAAGUCUUACACUUCAAGUUGAAGGCCGAUAGUAAAUGAUGGGAGAUAGGAACAGGCUUCCUCGGGAGGCAGAUGUGUAACUGUCAUUUAUGUUUUCCUCUGAAGGACUUGGCACUACUACACACAAGACACGGAGCUUGUAGGUUCUAGAUUCCUGUGUUCUUGGACUGAUGAUUUUCUAUUAAAAAAAGAGGUGGGUUUGGUUUUUUUAUUAUUAUUUGAAGAAAGGAAGGCUUUCUCCAAUUUGUGGAAUGGGUCUAUGGGAGACGGAUCAGCACAGAAGAACCACAGAUCUAUAAUUCUUUCACUCCAAGGACUGUCAUUAAUCUCCUUUUCUGACUGACCCAAAAUUCUAGCUUCUUUGCUUGAGGUCUUAGACAAUCAGACCAAAGCCAAGCCCUGCUUGGGCUACUUCCAUAUGGGAAAUAGUUUUCAAACUUGCCCUACGUUAUCCAAGAAUUUCUCUUUCUAGGAGCAGUCACACGUUUUCAGCACAUGUAUCAAAACUUCACUUGCUCUCUCUACCCCAGAGUCAACCCAGCCACCCUUGGCAGGACAAGUACUGAUCUGUUGUGCAGGGAAGGCAGUCCUGAGUCCUAGAUUUAAACAAAGGAGACAUCUGGUAUUAGGUGUUUGAUAAGCUUCUGCUUUCAUGACAGCUGGUGGUGUUGGAUACCAUCUCAUUUUACCUACACGGUUUCCCUGGAUGUUCCAGAGGCACGUUCCUGGAUCAGCUGUGCUUUGGUGGAUUUGGCAGUGGCUGUCACUGCUUGGAAGCAGCAGCUGUAAGUGUCUGUGGCUCCUCUGCAGUUGCUCUUUCCCUGGAUGCUGAAGGCUUAGGCACUCCAAAGCACCUACAAGGUACUCCAGAGCCAGGAAGGUCCCGAAGAGCAGGAGCAGGACUGCUGAAGUAGUUUGUGGCUUCAUCUACGGUUGCUUAUUGUGCUUAAUGUUAUGUGUUGCGUCUGAGGAUACUUACUCUGUGCGUAUAAAAACAGGAGUGCUUUUCCCCAUAAAGAAUACCCGCCUUAGCAAGCAGAAGCUCAUUACCACAAAAUAAGGGUAACAAUUCAAACGGUUGAGCUGGUUACAGUCUGAGUCCCAAAUGCUGCAGGCUAGCUUUGAGUCACUGGCCAGACUUGUAAUUAGCUACAAUUGGGAUCCUCUGUUGACAGGCUAGAGGCCACUUGCUGCUGGCUAGGAGAAUCUGCCCAGCCUGCUCCUGGCAGGCUCUUUCCUGAAGGCCCCUGAGAACAGGCUGCAGGACAAGCAGCGGUGGCAGCCUUCUCCUGGUCUCCACUCUCCCGGAGCAGAGAAGUCACUCCUUGUCAUACGAGCUGCCUAAUUGCAUGGGAUGAGGUUUAUGGACCUUGGUGCAAAGAAUUUGGAAGCAAUUGCUGAAGCCUGGUGUGUGAGUUCAUUCCUGGCUGUUCCAAGCCCCGUUGGGAAGCAGACAGUGUAUACGCCUGCUGUCUGGGCAGGUACAGGCUGCCCUGCAUACAAACGGUGUCAGAAAAAGCACCGUGGCCAUCUCCUGCCGUGGAACAAAGAUGCAAAGGUGUGUGUGGCCCUGGGUAGAAAAUGUGGGCACUGCGGUGAUUUAAAAUCACUAAGAAAUGCUUUUUGGUGGUGCUUUUCAGUCCACACAUCAGUGAUCUCACAGGUGAACACAAAGUGAAUUGAGCACUUCAGUCGCUAGCGUGAAGCCCAAAGGGAAAAGUUCACUACUCAAAGGAAAUAUGAAAAAGAUAAUUCCAAAGGUAUUCUUUUUUCAAAGGGACACUUUUCUGAGCUCCGGAUGAUACUAUUAGGAGUUGCACAACAGAAGCAAAUAAACCAUAAGCCAAACUCUAUUUUGUAAAAUAGUGUACUUAAAGCAUUUACUGUCAUAUACCAGUUAUUACUAGUGUGAUUAAAUGCAUACAACGUUAUGUAGUUUGCUUUUGUUUCUCAACAGCUAAACUAAGCUUACAUCUCUUCUACCUGCUAUAAUUGGUGUACUUGUACUGUGUCUGAAAAACUCAGAGGAAAGCAAAUAUUUAUUAUUGAUUCCUUUGAAUCAUUGAUUUCGUAAAUUUUUUUGUUUGGUUGGUUGUUUUAUAAAUAAAUGUGCUGCAGCUUCAAGUGCUACAGCUCAACUAAACUUGUACUGAUGCUCCAUCUUCUGUGGUAUGAUGUGUUACAUGCUGUCAGGCUGAAUCCAAGGAAAAAAGCAGAGAGUCAGAAAAAACAUUUUUCAGCUAACAAGGACUACAUGCAUAUUUGCUUAGAAAGGGUGGGGAAGCUGGUCUUUUUUUGCAGUCUGAAUUAUGUGACAUGGUAUGAAAUAUGUGAAACCUUGGGUGUAUCGAAGCAAAUGGUGUUUUGACUUCCAUGCAGCUAUUUCACUGGAGAUCUCUUGGCUUAGGAUGUAGAUGCUUCAGGCUAACACGGUAAAUAGUGCCAGCGCAGACACAGCACAGAUACAAGCCCGCGGUGGCACUGCCCUCCCACUCCCACAUCUGUGACCUUACUUCUCAACCACCCGGCGCGUGUUUCAGUUUAUCUCCUGAACUGUGUGUGAGACGACAAUGAAACCUUGAACAGCUAUGAGCCAUGUUCAGCCAGUUCAGAUCUCAGCAGAUAAAUAUUUUGAACUAGCCAACAGGGAACUGCAGGUGGAAUUUAGGGUAACUAGUUGUGGCUGUGGUUGAUUUCUCUCGCAGUGGCUCAGCCUUCUUUCCCUGGGGCUGUUUUGCACAGACGUCUCCCAACAUCGGCAAUCUUCUUGAUUCUGAAAUCUGGGAGUAAAAAAUUGCAACAUAAUUAAACUGUAUUUGAAAUACGG